AUGUCAUUGGAUAAGGAUGGCUAUAGAGAUGGAAAUCGAGACCGAGAUAUUAGAGAUCUUGAAGCAACCUCGAUCAACUCCACGAUUGGUCCAAAUUUGGCUGUAGAUUCUAGUGUAGAUUCUGUUCCCCAGGCGACCAAUCAGAUCACACAUCACACUGCUGGUAAUGACGCUCAGGCUAAUUCUGCUGUGGAAUCCGCGCCGUCGAUUAAGGCUAAUCUUACUGAUCAGCUAGAUGGGGAUUUCUUGCUCAGAUAUAAGGUAGGGAGAAUAGGCCUUACCGAGGCGCCUAUACAAACCCCGAAACUCGCCUUUCUGUUUAUGACACGUGGCCCUUUGCCAUUGGCUCCCUUUUGGGAACGGUUCUUCAAAGGCCAUGAGGGUUUCUUCUCAAUGUACAUCCACACGGCUCGCGAGUUUCGGUAUAAACCGGGGGAGCUUCCAUCCGCGUUUGAAGGCGCACACAUACCGAGUCAAGACGUGCACUGGGGUGAGAUCAGCAUGGUGGAUGCAGAGAGACGUCUGCUAGCCAACGCCCUCCUGGACCCAGGCAACGCACGGUUCAUCCUCGUUUCAGAGUCCUGCGCUCCCCUCUUUAACUUCACAUUCGUUUAUGAGUACCUCAUGGCCUCUCCCGAAGCAUACGUUCGUUUGAAGAACGAGCCAGGGGCAAACGGAAGGGGGAGGUGGAGGCGGGAGUUUCUGCCUCUGGUUCGGUUGGAAGAUUGGAGGAAGGGAGGGCAGUGGUUUGCCAUGGAUAGGGAAGCGGCUAGGGUUAUUGUCGCAGACGAUAUUUUCUAUCCUCUUUUCAAGCGGUUCUGCAGGCCGCCGUGUUACGCGGACGAGCACUACAUGCCGUCGAUGCUGAAAGUGCUCAUGCCGGGAAAUGUAGCGAAUAGGACAGUUACUUGGACGGAUUGGUCGAAGCCUGGUGCGGCGCAUCCUGCGCAGUUUGGUGCGGGUCAGGUGACGGAGAAGCUUAUAGAGAGGAUGAGAGGGCCUCCUAGCUGUAGAGUAGCUGAUGGGGAUGUUCCUUGCUUCUUGUUUGCUCGGAAAUUGAUGCCAGGAGCUUUGACAGAUUUGCUUCGACUGGCUGAUUACAUAGGGUUGUAUCCCCGCGCCCUCCCCCCCCCCCUCCCCCCCUCUUCCCCCCCUCUCCCCUUUUCCCCCCCUCCCCCCCCCCCCCCCCCCCUCACCACCCUCCCCCCUUUUCCACAACCUCCUCUCCCCCGUCCUCCCCCUCAACGGGCAGCAGCCGGUUCGCCGACUAACUACGCGCGGCAGCAGUUGUUCGUCGUGCUAGAGCGCGCCAACGCGAUGCAACCUGCGGGGACGUGGCCAGAUGUCUUUGUGGGCUACCCAAGCGUGACCCCAGCGGCCCUCGUAGCAGCAGCCACCAGCAUCACCACUCCUUCCUCCACCAGUCCCCCCAACAUCACCCGCACCUUCAGCAACCUCUCAGCGCCUCUGAGCCUGGCCGCCCUGUCGCCCGAGGGGAAGGCUGCUCUGAGGGGCGUGCUGCUGCUGCACGUCACCAACGCGUACUACCUUGAGAGCCAGUUGGAAGAAAUGGCAAUUCCCAAUGAUAGCAACCCGGCACCACAGCACGGGCACAUAUACUCAGUAAACACGAAUCAGACCAUUCAGAUCCACAUAGAGUCGGACAAGUCGCUGGUGUUCCGCAUGCCAGCCAACGCCAACACGCCUGCCAGCGACAGCCCCUACACGGCCUACUCUGUCACUGCAGCCGCCACUGUGCUGCCCGCCCUCAAGGAUGUCGUUGCUGAUGGGAAGCUGUCCGUGCAAGGCGCUGACCACGUGCUGCUGCCACCCACUGGGCCUGCCAAUGCUGUGGGAAGAGUUUUCAAUGCGAAUGUGCAAGCGGUACUUAGCACUGCAGUCCUUACCUUGGCCUUCCUAUUUAUUUACGUCUCCUUCAUCAACAUUCUCAUCCUCCUCCUCUUCCCGUCUCGACGCCCCCUCGCCUCGCCUAUCGUCGCCUCCGCUAGACCGCUGACGUCUUCCGUCAACCAAACUUCGUCGUCCUUCGCACGAUCGACCGUUAGCAGCAGAAUCCAGCGAUGCUCACACGUCGUACAGGGCAUCCGCGCCGUUGAGAGCUUCGACACGAGCUUUGAGCUGGACCCUCAGGCCAAGGAGGUGCUUGUCUAUCUGCUCUCGUCCGACGUUUUCCUGCAGCAGGUGGCGAGCCAGCCUGGCGUGCCAGCUGGCAUCACGGGGACGGAGUUCACUGGCGAGCUCUUCACGCCCGUGCCAUGGAGCCCCACCACGCGCUUCGGCAUGCCACAGGAACUGGAGAAGUACAACGAGGGCAAGGACAACUACAUACAUCAUCAUCAACGUCCCGUCCAACUUCAUGUUCAAAGCACAGAUUUUCAAGCCUUCACGUCUAUGUGCGAUUUUCAAGGUUUUGAGAGACCAACCAGUGGGCCAGGAGGAGGGUACACAGCCUAG